CUGUGGGUUUAUCUUUCCAAAGCUACCCUCCCCACUCCAACAAAACCAUGGGCAGUUUUUUUCUGUCCACACCAACAAAACCAGUUGCUUCACUCUCUCUCCACCUCUUUACUCUUUUUUAUACCUUUUGUCUCUCUCAAACAACCCAUUAUAUUCAAUCAUCACCUUCCAUGUAACAAACCCCUUAAUUCCUCUUCACCUUCUAGAUAAUGUGAUGCCACACCUUGUUCUCCCUCAAUUUGGUUCAUUUUCCAAAUUUUUGAUGACCCUUUUGUGCAUUGUUCAACUAUUUGAUUAAAAGGGUAACUGGGUAAGUUUCUUUUUCUCAAAGUUUGUUUGGCUUAGAUUGUAGAAAUAGGUUGUUGUUGGUUUAUGUAGUUAAGGUGUUUGAUGGAAGGCAAUGGACUAGGUAGUGGAAUGUUUUCUACUAGCAUUAGUUCUGGUUUGCUAGGAGUAGAAAACAACAACAACCCUUUACAGCAGCAAAACCUCACCAAUCAGCAAAAUCCUCAUCAUUUGCAUCAUCCCCAGAUGGUUUCUUAUGACCAACAACAACAGCUACAGCAACCAAUCAAACAUGGGUACUCUCCCUAUUCUUCAGCCAAGAACAAGCAACAACAAAGCUCAAUCAGUGAUGAUGAUGAGCUUGGUUUCCCUGCUGAUGAAACCUCUGGGGAUCCCAAGAGGAAGAUUUCACCGUGGCAGAGGAUGAAGUGGACGGACACCAUGGUUAGGCUCUUGAUUAUGGCGGUUUACUACAUUGGUGAUGAAGCUGGUUCUGAAGGGACUGAUCCCAAUGGGAAGAAGAAGCAAUCAGGGUUGCUGCAGAAGAAAGGGAAGUGGAAAUCAGUGUCAAGGGCUAUGAUGGAAAAGGGGUUCUAUGUGUCUCCUCAGCAAUGUGAGGAUAAGUUCAAUGAUUUGAACAAGAGGUACAAGAGGGUGAAUGAUAUACUUGGAAAGGGAACAGCUUGCAGGGUGGUUGAGAAUCAGAGCUUGCUGGACACAAUGGACUUGUCACCAAAGAUGAAAGAGGAAGUGAGGAAGUUGCUCAAUUCCAAGCAUUUGUUCUUCAGGGAAAUGUGUGCUUACCAUAAUAGUUGUGGUCAUGGAGCUUCUCCUGGUGAAACACCUCAGGCUCAGGCUCAGGCUCAACCACAACAGCAGCAGCAGCAGGAGAAUCAACAGCAACAGUCAUGUUUUCAUUCAUCAGAGACUGCAAGUUUGGGUGUGUCAGGGGCAGAGGGAUUGAGGAUGAUGAAAUUGGGAAGUGGGGAGGAGGAUGAGGAUGAAGAAGAGGAAGAGGAUUCUGAGGAAUCUUCUGAUGAUGAUGAAGAUGAAUCAGCAGAAGGUGGUUCAAGGGGAACUCUAGUUGAUGAGGAUGAGAAUGACAAUGGAAGGUCAUCAAGGAAGAGGACAAGAAAAUCAGCAGGGUGUUCUGUUUCUGUGUCAUCAACACCAUCUCAAUUGGUGCAGCAACUGAACACUGAGGUGAGUGGUGUGCUCCAAGAUGGGGGUAAGAGUCCUUGGGAGAAGAGGCAAUGGAUGAGGAGCAGGAUAAUGCAGUUGGAGGAGCAGCAAUUGAGCUAUCAAACUCAAGCCUUUGAUCUGGAAAAGCAAAGGGUGAAAUGGGCAAGGUUUAGCAGCAAGAAGGAGAGGGAAAUGGAAAGAGCCAAACUUGAAAAUGAGAAAAGAAGAUUGGAAAAUGAGAGAAUGGUUUUGAUUAUUCAUCAGAAGGAGCUUGAAUUGAUGAAUCUUCAACACCAACAGCAGCAACAACAGCAACAUUCUUCCACCUAGAACUAGUGAAGAUGAUUUUUAUGAUAGAUGAAAUUAUAGUUGUCAGAGUGUAGAUGAGAGCAAAUAGAUGAAAGUGGUUGUUCUCUUAUUGGAAAUGUAAAACAUAGCAUGUUUCAUGUUUGUGUCUACAUAAUCUAGAGUUCUAGACACCAUCUUGGUCUUCAAAAUUAGAACCAAGUUUUGUCCUUUCCCCCAACACUAAGCUUAAUUAAAAUAAGUUUCUUCCUUCCUCAA